AUGGGUAUAAUUAGGAGUAGCUUCUCUUUCAUUGCAGGAAUUGCCUUUGGGGUUUACUUGGCUCAGAAUUAUCAAAUUCCUAACCUCAGGAAGCUGGCUGACACUGCCUUGUUAGAGGCAAAGCAAGUUGAAGAAAAAUAUCGCAAGUCUAAGAAGAAGGGCGGUGAAAAUACAAUGUGUGAUGUGGUGUGGAAAAGUGAAGUUGCUCGCUCUCUUAACAUUCUAACCGUGACAAAAAAGCUAAAAGCACUUGCAAUUCCUUCAUCAAAUCAGUUAGUGUUUUUGCUUUAG